AUGUCGGAAACCAACGAGUCAAAUCAAUCGCCUCUUCCUUCAUAUGAGGAGGCUUCAUCAACCGGCGGCCAGGACAACUUGCUACAGCCCACAACACUCGUCCUAGAUGGCCAGACGAUCCACGCAUUGACGCCAGACUCGCCGGCCCUGUACCGCCUUAGUCUAGGCAUUGCGGACCUUUCAGGAAUCACCAAAGAGGUGGAACUGUCGCGUGUCGAACCCAACAAGAACGGCUCGGGGCGCAAACGCCAUAUCUACGACCUGAAGCACCAGAACGCGACGCCGGGCGGCUACGAUAGGCUGCCGUCCGACUCGCCGCGGUACUUCAUCCACCGCGCGAGCAGGCGUCUCCUAGACCCCGCGGCCCUCGGCAUGAAAAAGGGCAGCGCGUUGCUACCCGGAAAGGCGGCGCUCUCGACCGCCGUGCCCGUCGACGUCUCUGGUAAGACCAGCAAGUUCGGCAUUCCCAACUUUAUCAAGGACGCCGCCGCCGUCUUCUCCACCAACGGACGCGAGUGGUCCGACGCGCAGGGGAACGCCGUGGCCGUCAUGCACGAUGACAAGACGGACAAGCGACACAGCCUGAUUGUAACGGCGGCCCUGCCGCGAGGCCAGUUUGACAUGCUCGUGGCCCUGUGGUGCUGCCAUGUAUGGGAGUUUGGCGUGGCCAAUGCCCCGAAAGUGCAUGAAGGGAUGAGCGGAGGAACAGCAGGCCUAGGCAAAUCCACAAUCCGAACCCUCCUCGCCCACAACCCAUCCCACAUCUACUUCUCAGGCCGCUCCCUCGCCUCCGCCGAAGCCCUCAUCGCCUCCGUCACCCCUCACCAACCUUCUACCUCCCCCACGAACCUCGACUCUCCGUCCCCAUCCUCAAACACACCCUCACCCCCUCCCCUAACCUUCAUCCAAAUGGACCUAACCUCCCUCCCCUCCAUCACCACCGCCCUCGCCAAAUCCUUCACCCACGCCCGCCUGGACAUCCUCGUCAACAACGCCGGCAUCAUGGCCGGCGGGCCCGGCCUCAGCGCCGACGGCUUCGAGAUCCAGUUCGCCACGAACCACCUCGGCCACGCCAUGCUCGUCCGCGCCCUCCUCCCCGUCCUCCAGCGCACCGCCGCCGCCGCCGCCGCCGACGUCCGCAUCGUGAACCUCACCUCCGUGGGGUACCGCGGCCACCCGUCCGACGGCAUCUCGUUCGCCACGCUGAGGACGGAGCAGAGAGGUCUCCCCGUGCUGGGGCAGUGGAUUCGUUACGGACAGAGUAAACUCGCAAACAUCCUCUUCACAAAGGAACUCGCCCGCCGAUAUCCCGCCAUCACGAGCGUCGCGGUGCACCCCGGCGUCGUCGACACGGGCCUCGUCACGAACCAGGGUUAUCUCAACCGCCUCUUCGUCUAUGCUCCGCAGAAGAUCAUGGGCGCGACGGUGCUGACGCCCGAGCAGGGCUGCUGGAACCAGGUCUGGGCGGCGGCCGCGGCGAGGAGGGAGGACCUCGUGAACGGGGCGUUCUACAUGCCCGUUGGACACCUGGCCGACCAUGAACUGGACUCCUGCGCCACGGACGAGAAGUUGGCCGGUGAGCUCUGGGCGUGGACGGAAAAGGUGCUGGAUGAGUUUGACUGA